AUGCGCGUGGUAGGCAAGAGCACGCUCCUGGCGAAGCUCCGCGACGCCUACGCCGGCGUCGAGGGCGUCGUCUUCGUCGACGAGCCCGUGGCGGCCUGGGAGCAAGCCGGCCUCCUCUCCGCCAUGUACGACGGGCGGUUGCACGCGGCCGUGUUCCAGAUGAUGGCGCUGAGCACGCGCUACGCCGCGCUCCGGCGCGCGCUGACGUCCGGCGCGCGCCUCGUCGUCUCGGAGCGGUCGCUCUGGAGCGACCGCUGCGUCUUCGCGGCGACGCAUUUAAAGGGCUGCGAUAAAGACGCCUACGACCUCGCGCACGACUCCAUGCUCGCGUCGCUCCCCGCGACGGCGCGCGCGACGAUCCUCCUCGACGCGCCCGUGGCGACGCUCCUCGCGCGCGUCGCCGCGCGGGGCCGCGACGGCGAGGGCGCGGCCGACGACGCCGAGGGCGGCGCGGGCGGCGGCGGCUGCUCCGCGGCGUACCUCGCCGAGCUCGACGCGGCCCACGCGCGCUACUACGCGGGGCUCGACCACCACGCGGCCCGCGUCGACGCGGCCGACGGCCCGGCGGCCGUCGCGCGGCGCGUCGUCGCGGCCAUCGACGCCGCCGUCGCCGCCGCCGCCGCCGGGCCCCCGAAGCCGCCCGCGGUCGACUCGCCGACGUGCGUCGCCGCCGCCGCGCUCUAG